CCGGGGGCGGGGGGCGCAGCCGCGGGCGCAGCAGCAAUGGCGGCGGCGGCCGCGGCCGUGUGAGGGAGGGCCAGGGCGGCCCGGCCCCGCCGCCGCCCCCAGCGCAGGGCCCCCCGGCCGCCACACCGGCACCGGCACCGGCCACGACACCGGCACCAACACCCCGACAUGAAGGCGGCGCCGGGCGGCGCCGAGGAGGCGGAGAAGCUGAACAAGAUGAGCUCCCUCCUGGAGAGGCUCCACGCCAAGUACAGCCAGAACAGGCCCUGGACAGAGACCAUGAAGCUGGUCCGGCAGGUCAUGGAAAAGCGAGUUGUGCUGAACUCGGGGGGGCACCAGCACCUGGUGAGCUGCUUGGAGACACUGCAGAAGGCCCUGAAAGUCUCGUCCCUGCCUGCCAUGACCGACCGCCUGGAGUCCAUCGCCAGGCAGAGCGGCCUGGGGUCCCACCUGAGCGCCAACGGCACCGAGUGCUACAUCACCUCGGACAUGUUCUACGUGGAAGUGCAGCUGGACCCCACCGGGCUACUCUGUGAUGUCAAGGUGGCCCACCAUGGAGAGAACCCCGUGAGCUGUCCAGAACUGGUGCAGCACCUGAGAGAGAAAAAUUUUGAUGAGUUUUCUAAACAUCUGAGGGGGCUGGUGAACCUGUACAAGCUGCCAGGAGAGAACAAACUUAAAACUAAAAUGUACUUGGCUCUGCAGUCCCUGGAGUUGGAUCUCCAAAAGAUGGCUGGGAUGUACUGGCAAGCCACCAAUGCCAACCCCCUCGACAAGAUUCUCCAUGGCAGUGUUGGUUAUCUCACCCCCAGGAGUGGAGGUCUGCUGAUGAACCUCAAAUAUUACGUGUCCCCCUACGAUUUAUUUGAGGACGGCACCGGAGCCCCCGUGAUCCUGCAUGAGAACAAUGUUCCUCGCUCGCUGGGUAUGAACGUGGCCGUGACAGUCGAGGGCACCAUGACCAUGCACAAGCUUCCCAUUGCUCCCCUGAUCAUGGGCUCCCACCCCGUGGACAGCAAAGGGACCCCGUCCUUCUCCUCCAUCACCAGUGCCAACAGCGUGGAUUUACCGGCCUGCUUCUUCCUGAAGUUCCCACGUCCCAUCCCGGUGUCUCGAGCUUUCAUUCAGAAACUCCAGAGCUGCACAGGGAUCCCGCUGUUUGACACCCCGCCCACGUUUGUUCCCCUGUACGAGCUGAUCACGCAGUUUGAGCUCUCCAAGGAGGCUGAUCCCCUGCCCUUGAACCACAACAUGCGCUUCUACGCCGCUCUUCCAGGACAGCAGCACUGUUACUUCCUGAACAAGGACGCCCCUCUCCCGGAUGGAAGGAGCCUCCAGGGCACUCUGAUCAGUAAAAUCGCCUUCCAGCACCCGGGCAGGGUUCCCCUCAUCCUCAACCUCAUCAGGCACCAGGUGGCCUACAACACCCUCAUCGGCAGCUGCGUCAAGAGGACAGUCCUCAAGGAAGAUUCUCCCGGGAUCCUGCAGUUUGAGGUUUGCCCUCUCUCCGACUCCUGUUUCAGUGUCUCCUUCCAGCACCCCGUGAACGACUCCCUGGUGUGUGUGGUGAUGGAUGUGCAGGACUCCACCCACGUGAACUGUAAGCUGUACAAGGGGCUGUCCGACGCCCUUAUCUGUACAGAUGAUUUCAUUGCCAAAGUUGUUCAAAGGUGCAUGUCCAUCCCCGUGACCAUGAGGGCGAUCCGUAGGAAAGCAGAAACCAUUCAAGCUGACACCCCAGCCCUGUCCCUCAUUGCAGAGACAGUGGAAGACAUGGUGAAGAAAAACCUGCCCCCCGCCAGCAGCCCAGGGUAUGGCAUGACCACAGGCAGCAACCCAAUGAGCGGGACCACCACCCCAACCAACACUUUUCCUGGGGGGCCCAUCACUACUUUGUUUAACAUGAGCAUAAGCAUGAAAGAGAGGCAUGACUCGGUGGGCCAUGGGGAGGACUUCAGCAAAGUGUCUCAGAACCCUAUUCUCACUAGUUUGUUGCAGAUCACAGGGAAUGUGGGGUCAACCCUUGGCUCAAGUCCGACCCCCCCCCACCACACACCACCACCAGUAUCCUCACCAGCCAGCAACACCAAGAACCACCCCAUGCUCAUGAACCUCCUUAAGGAGAAUCCCCCUCAGGAUUUCUCCACCCUGUAUGGGAGCAGCCCCCUGGAAAGGCAGAACUCUUCCUCUGGCUCCCCCAGGAUGGAGAUGGGCCCCGGGGGGAAUAAGCAAAAGAAAAAAAAAUCCCGCGUGCCGGCCGACAAGCCCAAGCACCAGACUGAGGACGAUUUCCAGAGGGAGCUCUUCUCCAUGGACGUUGACUCCCAGAACCCCAUUUUUGACGUGAACAUGACCGCAGACACCCUGGACACCCCCCACAUUACUCCAGCCCCCAGCCAGUGCAGCACUCCUCCCGCCACCUACCCCCAGGCGCUGCCCCACGCCCAGCCCAGCAUCCAGAGGAUGGUCCGUCUGUCCAGCUCCGACAGCAUCGGGCCCGACGUCACCGACAUCCUCUCCGACAUAGCGGAGGAGGCCUCCAAGCUGCCCCCCAGCACCGAGGACUGCCCACCCAUGGGGACUCCGGUCCGAGACUCCUCUAGUUCAGGACAUUCACAAAGUGCCCUCUUUGACCCCGAUGUGUUUCAGGCCAACAGCAGUGAGAACCCCUACACAGACCCCGCAGACCUGAUCGCUGACGCCGCUGUGAGCCCCAACAGCGACUCCUCCAACCAUUUCUUCCCAGACGGAGUAGAUUUCAACCCCGACUUGCUCAACAGUCAGAGCCAGAGUGGUUUUGGGGAGGAGUACUUUGAUGAGAGCAGUCAGAGUGGAGACACUGAUGAUUUCAAGGGCUAUGCAUCCCAGGCUCUAACUAACUUAGGGGUGCAGGUCCUGGGGGCUGACGGGGGGGAAAAUAAAUUUAAGGGGAGCAAUCCAUCGGACACGGUGGAUUUCAGUAUUAUUGCAGCUGCCAGCAAAGCUCUGGGCUCCUCGGACAUCAUGGAGCACCACAGUGGAGGUCAGAGCCCCUUGCUGAACACAGGGGAUCUGGGAAAGGAGAAGUCUCAGAAACGGGUAAAGGAGGGCAAUGGGUCUGGAAGUGCCAUGGCAGGGGCAGGGAUAGACGGGAAGCCAGGGAAGCGCAGCCGGACCCCAUCCAGCGAUGGGAAAAGUAAGGAGAAACUUCCGAAGCGGAAGAAGCAGGAGACAGAUGGGAAAUCUCCAUCUCACAGCUCAUCAAACAGGCCCUUCACACCGCCGGCCAGCACAGGUGGGUCCAAAUCUCCAGGGAGCUCGGGCAGAUCUCAGACUCCUCCUGGGGUGGCCACUCCCCCUAUUCCAAAAAUAACCAUCCAGAUCCCCAAAGGAACAGUGACUGUUGGCAAACCGUCGUCGCACGGUCAGUACACGAGCAGUGGUUCUGUCACCUCCUCCAGCAGCAAAAGCCAUCAUAGCCAUUCUUCCUCCUCCUCCUCUUCUUCCUCCUCUUCGACCUCAGGCAAAAUUAAAAGCAAAUCAGAAGGGUCUUCUGGCUCAAAGAUGAGCAGCAGCCUCUACUCGGGCCAGGGCGGCUCCGGGUCGGGUCAGUCCAAGGGCUCGGCCCAGUCGGUGGGAAAGCCGGGAUCCUCCCCCAUCACCAAGCACGGCCUCAGCACCGGCUCUGGCAGCACCAAGAUGAAACCUCAAGGAAAGCCAUCGUCGCUCAUGAACCCUUCCAUGAGCAAACCCAACAUCUCCCCGUCCCACUCGCGGCCCUCGGGGGGGUCUGACAAACUUGCCUCUCCCAUGAAGCCCGUCCCAGGCACUCCCCCGUCAUCUAAAGCAAAGUCCCCCAUCAGUUCAGGCUCUGGUGGGUCCCAUAUGUCCGGGACUGGGUCAGGCUCGAGCAUGAAAUCCUCUUCAGGAAUGGGAUCCUCUGGGUCCAUGUCGCAGAAACCACCUCCCUCGUCAAAUUCCUCCACGGCAUCUUCCUCUUCCUUUUCGUCCAGCGGGUCUUCCAUGUCCUCCUCCCAGAACCAGCAUGGAAGUUCCAAGGGCAAGUCUCCGAGCAGGAACAAGAAGCCCUCCCUGACUGCAGUCAUAGACAAGCUGAAGCACGGGGUGGUCACCAGUGGGCCCGGCGGGGACGACCCCAUGGACGGACAGAUGGGGCCCAGCUCCAAUUCCUCAGGCCAUGCCAUGUCCUCCAAACACAACAUGUCCGGGGGGGAGUUCCAGGGCAAACGGGAGAAGAGCGACAAGGAGAAAUCCAAGGUCUCUGUUUCCGGAGGGUCCGGCGACUCCUCCAAGAAGAACUCGGAUUCCAAAAGCGUCGGGAGCACCGGGGUGGCCAAAAUCAUCAUCAGCAAACACGACGGCGGCUCCCCCAGCAUCAAGGCCAAAGUCACCCUGCAGAAACCCGGGGAGGGCGGCGGGGACGGGCUCAGGCCCCAGAUGGCCUCGUCCAAAAGCUACGGAUCCCCCCUGAUCAGCGGGUCCACCCCGAAGCACGAGCGCUGCUCCCCCAGCCACAGCAAGUCCCCGGCCUACACCCCCCAGAACAUCGACAGCGAGAGCGAGUCCGGCUCCUCCAUCGCUGAGAAGUCCUACCAGAACAGCCCCAGCUCCGACGACGGCAUCCGGCCCCUGCCCGAGUACAGCGCCGAGAAGCACAAGAAGCACAAAAAGGAGAAGAAGAAAGUGAAGGACAAAGACCGGGACAGAGAGCGCGACCGGGACAAGGACAGGGACAAGAAGAAGUCCCACGGGAUGAAGCCGGAGAGCUGGUCCAAGUCCCCGAUCUCGGCGGAGCAGCCGCUCUCCAUGGCCGGCAGCGCCAUCCUGGCGGCCGAGAGGCCGUCCCGGGCCAGCCCCGAGUUCCUCAUCGGGGAGGAGGAUGAUGAUCUCAUGGAUGUGGCUCUAAUUGGCAAUUAGUUCUCUGACAGGAGCUGUCUGCAGGGUCCUGGGGGGGGAAGGAAGGAAGGAAGGAAGGAAGGAAGGAUCCAUCCCAAACCCACCACGAGUGUGUGUUUGGAGAGGGAAAAAAAAGUAUUUCCAAGGUAUUUCCAAGAUUUUCAGAUCGCCAGGGUCUGAGCAGGAGGUGUGAGUGCCAGCACCUGCAGGCACUUCCACUCAUCCUGAACUUACAAGUAUUAUCAUCCCACUGGUGGAGUCCUGCGGGUGAAGCUGAUUGUGGGAAUGUGGGAGCAGCCCCCAAACUGGGGCCAACACAGACAUAGGCUGGUCUGGGACAUCCCAGUCCCUCUGCCCCCAUCCCAUUCAGGAGAAGUUCCUUUUGGAUGUAGGAAGUUUUAAAGCUGUUAUUUUAGGAAAUGUUUUAGGGGUUGGGUUUUAUUCUUUGGAAGAAGGAAAACUGUGAGGGUUUUAAUUUAUUUGAUUUCCGUGGCGUUUCUUCACCCAAUGCCCAGCUCAGGGCGGGCUCUGCGUCCUCCUGGAGAUCAGGAUUUUAUCCCAGGUCACAGCACUGAAGGGUUUCUGCCUUGGGUUUGACUUCCCUUUUUUUUUAGCUAUUUAUUCAGCUCCACAUGGGAAUGCCCUGUGCUCCUUGUUAUCCCCAAAGGGAAUUUGGGCAGCUCUGGUGAUGUUGGUGACGUCCUGGCACGGUGGAAUUCCAGCAGAUCUCAGUUGGAAAGGGGCUCCUGUCUCCAUCCGAGCGCUGCUUCCCUGGGAGCUUCCCUGGAAUCCCCUCGUGCUCCUCAGCUGGGAACUGUGGUCACACACCCAGGGAUUAGUCUGGUGUCCUGCUUGGCACUGGCAGUGCCUGGAGAACAGUCCCUGAGCAGCUCAGCUGGGAGAAGAGUUGCAGCAGAAGUGCUGAUUUCCUUAAAAGAUGGAUUUUGCUCUUUUGGCUGGAAUGAGGAGCAUGACUCAGGCGUCCUCUGGGUCCUGGCUGCUCUUGUGGUCCCUGAAAGGAAAGGAGGCUCAGGGGAGUGGUUUUAUUUUUAAAAGCAGUUUCAUCUGAUUCACUCGAGAGGAAUGUGGGAAAUCAGGAGUUCUGCAAACACAUCUCCUUUGGGAUCAUGGACUGAGUGGGAUCACGGACUCCUGCUCCCACUGGAAUUUGCUGUCUGUUCCUGGAGACCAGGAUUUCCCUGUGGGAACGAGGUUCUGCUUCCUUUUUGGGGCCUCAGCAAGAAAAGGUGUCAAGGAUUUGAGUUCCCUUUAAACCACUGAGAUUUCCCAUCCUGGGCUCACCCCGAGGAUACCCCAGGAAAGCUGUUUCUUUUCCAGCUCUUUGGAAAGGCCAAUGUCUUUGUCCCGUUAAUUGUAGGGAUUUUUCACCUCUUCCUCCUGCCUCCAACUGAAUUCCAGAAUGUGGGAGUCUUGGAGUUCUCCCAAGCCCUCCCAGCUCUGGAGAACUUUCCCUUCCUGUAUUAUCCAAUAUUUAUCCUUUGUCCUGGGCACUGCAGCCUCCCCCUCCCCAGCGCUCCAGGGGCUGGAAUGAUAGGAAAAUGGGAAACAAAUCCCAACCUGGAGCAAAUCCCCUUAUCAGCAUUGGAAUCAUGUGACUGCCACGACGAGGAUGUAAGGAAUACAGUGCCAGAGGAAUUUACCUGGAGCCCCUGCACUGGGAAUGACACCGGCUUGGCCUCCGGAGGGAUCCUGGCCCCUCUCCCGUGUUUAUUUAACUCGUUUUUAUGACAAAACCCCCUUUGAUCCCUUCCCAGUUGUAUGAGGGCACAACCAGCCUUCCCAAAGAAGAGCUUUCAAGUGGAAUCCAGGCUGGGAAUCCCCCAGGAGCCGUGUUUUCCUGCUUGGAAACACACGAAAAAUUGGAAGGAAAUCCCGUCCAGCAGCAAAAUGAACACAGAAAACGUGUUUUAGAGGAACAAACUGCACACGUUUCCUUUCCCCUCACCCAGACCAAAGCUCAGUAUCCAAAAUUCCCCCCCUGUGGAAGGUGGGAACAGAGGGAACAACGUCUCCUCUGGCCACUGCCAGAGACACAGGUCCCAAAUUUAAAGCUUUUCCCCCCGUUUUGGUGCCCUGUCCCCUUCCAAUGACAAGUCCUGUGAGAUAACUGAGGUGUGAGACCGCACAGAGGCUCUCUGGGCUCCGAGAAAUGGUUUAUUUUUGAGCUAUUUUUGCUUAUUCUCGAUGAUUUUACAUCUUUCAGUAUUUUGGAAAGAUUAAAAUAAAGUGAAAAUAAAAAAAAAAUAGUGAGGCAAAUCUUUUAAUCUCAGGUGGUGAAGCCAACACGGAGAUUAAAAGAAGCUGGUUCUUUCCUCGCUGAUCAUGCUGUACAUAAACCCCUGAGCUGGAGAAAGCGCUGGAAUUGUAAAUAAUCCCGGCUCCCGCGGCAGCUUUUUGGGGCGGAAAGUGGAAUUUUGACUUUUUUUUGAAAUAUUGCAGAGAUCACGUUUAUUUACAUGCAAAUAAACCCCUUUGGUACAAAGA